AUGUUGGAUCUGAUGAGUAACGAGCAUCUCUUCGCAUUUCGACAUAGGCUUCCACAAUACGCUCACGAAGAGCAGGAUCGACAGUUGGAGUGUAGGUCUUGCAGAGUGAAAUGUACUCUCGGAGUGUUUCAAGUGAGAUCAAAUCCUUCUUCUCACGAUUCGGAUGACAUCCAUGUUGAUGGACGUAGCUGGGAGAUCAACAUUCUGUUCAAUAGAACGGUUUGGAUUAUAUCUUCCAUAAGCUGGGUUAGCGGCGGCGAUGAUAGCAGUACGUGCAUUCAAAGUGGUCAUGAUACCAGCCUUGGCAAUAGAGAUGGUUUGCUGCUCCAUAACCUCAUGAAUAGCAGUUCUGUCGUUAUCCAUCAUCUUAUCAAACUCAUCGAUACAGCAGAUUCCACCAUCCGCCAACACCAAAGCACCUCCUUCAAGAGACAUUUCUCCAGUAACCGGAUCCUUCAUAACAGCAGCAGUCAAACCGACUCCAGAAGAUCCACGACCAGUGGUGUAUUGCGAACGUGGGGCAAGACGGUUAACGUAUCCGAGAAGUUGAGAUUUGGCUACUCCUGGAUCUCCCAUCAUCAAAACAUUGAUGCAUCCACGAAUCUUCAUUCCAUUAGAAGUGUUGUCAUUUCCUCCGACAAGAGCCAUAAGAAGACACUUCUUGACAUCCACGUGUCCAAAGAUUUCUGGAGCGAUAGAAGCAGCCAGAGCCUCGUAAUUGUCUCCCUUGCGGCGAAGAACUUCAAGUUCCUCAGAUUGAACUCCAUUGUAUGUUGGGUUGUCGUCGAGAUUAUGAAUGAACUUUUGCAUAAUUGGCAAGAAAACGCCGGACACUUGCACAACAUUUCCAGUGUUGCACCGUCUAGUCAUCUCUCCGUAAACAUAGACGGUCAUUGUUCGUGGAAUAGAUCCGAUUGGCACUUGCUCACUGAGCUCUUGGAUUCGAAGUUCUUGGAACUUGACGAAUUUGGAUCCACGAAGCUGCAUGUGGAGUCUUCCAUUGGCCUUAGCUUCAACACAUUCCUUAUUUGGACAGUUGAGUGGAGGAGUGAACUGCAUUCCCUUCACUGGUUGAUAGACUUCGGCAGCACAUGUAUCACAAGUGUAUGUCAUCACUUGAACACAUGGCUUCACUUCGGUGGCUCUGAUGACAACUCCUUUCAUCGAAACCAAAUGUCCGAUUUCUGUGGCCUUGAUAUUACGAACGCAUGUCUGAUGAACUUGGUCUUCAGUUGUGAAAUAGACUUCAAAGCGUUGAAGAAGUUGGGGUGGGUACUUCUUGCGCUUGUCUUGAAGAGAAACUUCUUCAUUUGCAGCUCCUUCAGUAUCGUCCAUUUGAAUACGUUGGAACAUAUGAGCGUCGAGAGCAUCAACGACUGGAGCCGUAGAACCAUGGUUGCCUGGAGAGCCGCUGGACUCAACUACGUGCGAUACUCUCAGAUCGCCGCUGAAAUCACUCGCAAGUGCACUAAGGCAGCCCCAGGAAAAGCUGCUGCCAAGAAACCAGAAGCCACACUCAAGAUCAACGUUUGGGAGAACGGAAAGCAACAGAAAUAG